AUGGUUUCCGACGAGACGUUCGAGAUAUGCCUUCCUGUCCUGCAGGACCCGAGCCUCGACGACGAUGACAAGACCGACAAGAUCGAAGAGCUUCUGAAAAAUGAGACCCCUCUGAACGGCUCGUCUCUAGAGAAUGCAGUGCUCGACGUGCUAUGGCGAUACCGCGAAGGGGGAGGUAGUGCGACCUCACCUCCCCCGAUACGACAGACCAUCCUUCGCCGGCCUUCUCCAGCCUCGUGGCGGGGUUCGUCGACUCCUUUGUCAGGUUCUCCUCGAUUAGGAGUGAGCCCCCUGGCCCCGCCAGGCUUUGUUCCGACAAGCCUUAGCCGGACCAAGUCCUCUACUGUAUCGCCCUUCUCAUCUCCGCGUCCAUCUCCGCGACUCGCGUUCUCCGCGCCGAUAAUACCCCACAGCCCGAAUCUAAAUGCUUACGAAUUUGCCAAUGAUACGAGUCCCUCUCAAGAAAUAUUUGGUGACUUGCAGACUGAAAAUGUUGACUGGUUAGUGAGUGAUGAUGCACUCAGUAUUGCUUCCUCGGUGGGCACAUCCAGUGGUCUCAACGCCGCAGCUCCUGAAUACGUGUCUGCUCAGCAGACGGAUAUGACACCAUAUGAUAUGCUGCGUUCGAUUCUCGGGCAAUCCAAGACUGAUGAAGAGAUCGAGUUAGCUCUUUCUAUGCAUGGCUACGAUCUUAGUGCUACUAUCGCAUCUAUAAUGGAGUCUCAGGGCCAAGACUCAACAAAUGUUGCAGGACUUACUCCUGAAUCGAAGAGUGUACUAAUCGGCAAAUCUAUGACACCGGAUGGGAGACCUACAACCCCAUCAGCUCAGGGGAAAGCUGGCAUCAUCUGCAAAUUCUACCUAUCUACUGGCCAAUGUCUCCGGGCAGACUGUCGAUUCAGUCAUGAUCUCAGCAAUCAUCUUUGCAAGUAUUGGGUUACGGGCAACUGCUUGGCUGGGGACACGUGUAUUUUCUCUCACGACCCGGCUCACCUCAUAAACCGCCUCAACGUGGAUGAAAAUGGCACACCACAAAAAAGCCAGAAUCUACAGGUUCAAGAUUUUAGCUCAUUCCCGUCUCUACGGCCAGGCACUCCAGAAUUGAAUCCUUAUGCUGCUAGUUUUAAUUAUCCCACCUCUGGAGUAACACCCCCACCCGGGUUGAAGCCCUACGGAGGCAACGAUAGUUCUCACUCUCGCUCACGACCUGGGAGUCGGCAUCAGGCGAAAGAAGGCAUGAGUGCACCGUCAAUAGACGAUAACGACGCAUUCCCCUCUCUUGGGUCUGCUUCUGCUAAACCUAACAAAAAACAUCAUGGCAAACGUGGUGGACACGGCCAUGGUCAUAAAGAGAACUUUACUCCAAGCUCUCUUGCCGAUAUCGUAAAAAUGUCGCCAUCUCCUGGACCUGGAUCCGGAUCCAGUCGGCAGGAAUCGAAGAAACUUGGCCGCAAUGGAAGUGCUACCAAUAUCAAGAAUGGAGAAAACAGUGUCGCCGCUCAGGCGAUCUCCAUGCCUAAGCACAUUCCGUGGCUAGAGACGGGAGAUAAGGCAAACAAAGCUUACCUAAAGGCUCGUCAGGAGGCCAUCAAGCAUGGUGGCCUCCGAAACAAGUUCUUACAGAGUGCCGCACAGGCUUGGAACCGCAACGAUGCUCGAGCGGCGAAGGCUCUUAGUCUCCGAGGUCAAAGCGAGAAUGACCUUAUGCGAAAAGCUCACCGGGAAGCUGCGCGGGAGUUGUAUGAGGAGCGCAACAAGCAAAACUCACCCAAUGCAGAGAUCUUUGUAGACCUACACGGCCUCCACCCGGACGAAGCUGUCGAAUAUCUCGAGAGAGUUCUCCUGGAUAACAGUAAGGAAAUUCGACCUGUAUACGCCAUUACCGGAACCGGACAUCACAGCAAGAACGGGAAAGACAAGGUUGGUAAGGCUAUCAGGAACUUCCUUAAUGAGUGGAGAUACGCGUACCGUGAGUUCUCGGUUCCCGGGGACCGGAACAACAUGGGAGGUAUUCUUGGAAUUGACGCUAGAAGCUGGGACAAGUCUCUUACAAGAGAGGGCUCGAAGGAGAAAGAAGAAUCGAAAGAGGACGUUGAUAUCCUAAGCCAAGGAGUUGAAAUUGGGGAUGGAAAGGUUAGGCUCCUCGUCCGCGAUCCUCCUAAGGGACCUAGUAAUAGGGGACGGUGA